AUACAGUCAGCCGCAUAGUGCGCGAAAUAUCACCUUUUGUAUAAGACAGCUCCAAAUUCAGGUUCACAACGGUCGGGAAAAUUCUGCUCGGGUAUUUCGCUCUGUAUCUGAAAGUAUAGACUAUCGUUCACGACCUCCAGAAUUUCGAAUCUCAGGUCUAAUCUUACUCAGUAGUGUCGACGGGACCACUCUAUACAUAUAUUGUACCCACAAUCGCCAGAGAAGGCCUCCCAAUUCGCAUUGCCACAAGAUGGUUAAGCCACAGUCCAUCAUGACGAUCAUCUCUGGUGGUUGGUCACUGCUGAAUAGGACCAGCUUUACCAAUGGGACCAUAACCGAGAUCAACACCUCCCUUGUCGGCCAGAUUAUAUACCAUCCUGCAGGCUUCAUGUCUGCAAACACAAUGUCCAAUAACGGCAGCGAUCAGCUCUCAUACGCCGGGCGAUUGAGUGUGCGAGAGGACACACCAACCACGGGCCGGUUGACCCACGGCCCGCUCAUUCAGGCUAGUGAGCUAUCAUGGAUCGGGACCGACCAGCAUAGGGACUAUGAGCUCUUCGACCACGGGAAGACGCUGAGUCUGAGUGCUACCAUUGACGACGGAAGAGUGGGAGUGCUGUUUUGGGAGAAGCUGAGAUAA